CGCAAGCUAGCAGGUAACUAGCUAAACAUCUGAGAGCGAUGGCGCCCGCCGCGAUGGAUACCACGUAAUAAAUACCGACACAUACGGUACGGUCGGUGUAUGUACGUGCGCCAUUGACGGUUCUUUAUAGCAUAAAAAAAAUAAAAGUGUGUCGUUAUGGCGACCGGGAGCGGCGGCAGCGAACGCGGCGGCUUAGCGUCAAACCAUGACGGUCAGGAGGCAGCGUCCAACUCGGCUCAGUCUGGAGCCGCAGCACUGCUCUCCAACGUGCCAGCCUCCGGUCCUGCCCGGUCCGCCUCCCCGCCUGUCCUCGGCCUUCACCGGGAGCCCAUGUACAACUGGCAGGCGACGAAGAGCUCCUUGAAGGAGCGCUUCGCCUUCCUCUUCAACAACGAGCUGCUCAGCGACGUCAGGUUCAUAGUCGGGAAAGGCAGACAGGCCCAGAGGAUACCGGCCCAUAAAUUCGUCCUGGCCGCUGGCAGCGCCGUGUUUGAUGCCAUGUUCAACGGAGGGAUGGCCACGACGUCGACGGAAAUCGAGCUGCCCGAUGUGGAGCCCGCAGCCUUCCUCGCCCUGCUCAGGUUCCUGUAUUCUGAUGAGGUCCACAUUGGUCCAGAGACUGUGAUGACGACUUUGUAUACGGCUAAGAAGUACGCCGUCCCUGCCCUGGAGGGUCACUGUGUGGAGUUCCUCACCAAGCACCUCAGAGCCGACAACGCGUUCAUGCUCCUCACUCAGGCAAGGUUAUUCGAUGAGCCUCAGCUUGCCAGUCUCUGCUUAGACACCAUAGACAAAAGCACUGCGGACGCAAUAAACGCAGAGGGCUUUACAGAUAUUGACCUCGACACCUUGUGCGCGGUGCUACAAAGAGACACACUCAGCAUCAGGGAGAACCGUCUGUUCGGGGCGGUGGUACGCUGGGCGGAGGCCGAGUGUUACAGACAGCAGCUUCCCCCGACCUCGGAGAACAAACAGAAGGUUCUGGGCAAAGCCCUCCCCCUCAUCCGCUUCCCGCUCAUGACUGUUGAGGAGUUUGCUGCAGGGCCUGCCCAGUCUGGAAUAUUGUUCGAUCGGGAGGUGGUAAAUCUGUUUUUACACUUUACAGUAAACCCCAAACCACGGGUCGACUACAUUGACAGGCCCCGCUGCUGCCUCAGAGGAGAGGAGUGCAGCAUUAAUAGAUUCCAGCAGGUUGAGAGUCGAUGGGGGUACAGUGGUACCAGCGACAGAAUCAGAUUCAAUGUUAACAGAAGAAUAUCCAUAGUGGGUUUUGGCUUGUAUGGUUCAAUACACGGACCCACUGACUAUCAGGUCAACAUACAGAUCUUAGAGAGCGACAAACGCAUUACACUGGGCCAGAACGACACUGGUUUCAGCUGCGACGGCACAGCGAACACGUUCAGAGUGAUGUUCAAAGAGCCUGUGGAAAUCCUACCCAAUGUCAGCUACACUGCGUGUGCCACCUUAAAGGGCCCAGACUCCCAUUAUGGCACAAAAGGGAUGAAGAAAGUGACCCAGGAAUCAGCGACAGGGACCAAGACGACAUUUUUCUUUUUCAGCUCACCUGGAAAUAACAAUGGUACGUCAGUGGAGGACGGGCAGAUUCCAGAGAUCAUCUACUACACCUAGACUUAACUAGACUCAUGCAGGUACACUGAACCAGGGAGACCUCAGACUGCUGGGAAGACUAGACUGCUGGAGAUAUACGUAGUGCCUCAUGAUCCCUUGGAAUUAAGAAUGUGUGUGUUUGAGUGCGUACUUGUGUGUGGGAAUGUGCCGUAUGUGUGUAUCUUGUCUAUAGUGGUGUACAGACGUGCUCAUGAAUGUGGAAACAGUCGGAGUUGUGGGAAAAUCACAGUUCUGGUGUGAAAAAAAACGUUUUUUGGGCAUAAACUUUAUCACCAGUUGUAAAUGAUCUAAAUACUGACGUCCUGUCUGUGUGUUGUUAUCAGUGCAGGAGUCUGUUCUGCACAAGUGAAACUACAGAGACCGCUGCCAUUUGUUGGUUGACGCCAUUUCACUUUGUUAUAUUUGUCAGUUUUUGCUGAUGCAUUUACUGAAAGUCUAAUAUUUGCAUAUUUUUUAUUGUGCACUGUUAUCAUUUAUUCAGCAGGUGUCUUCAAGAACUUUGUUUUUGCAUUGUAUCCGAUCCAUUUGUGUUAUGUAACUUUGCCAGUGGUACAUGUAAUUUAUGACUUCAUGUUUGCUUACACUUCAUUAAAGUAAAAAAAAAAAAAAAAGGUCCAGGACUCUUAUGGUGAAAUAA